AUGCUAAUUACGCACCGGCUCGUAUUCAGCCUGUGUGUCGAGUUCGACACGGAGACUCAGAGCAAUGACACCCUAACCAGGCUCGAGGGAAAAACUGGAAUUAAGGCUGAACCCGUACGGAAACUUAGACCCAUGGUCAUAUUAAAGGGUAUAUCAAAGGAUGUUCCAGCAGACGAUCUUACAAAAAUUAUUAGACAGCAAAAUGAGGAAAUUAACGAAAUUAUCAGUGAUGAUGUUGAUCCUAAGGUAUACAGCAAAAUGUUAACAUUGGGUCGUAUCGGCAUCGAUUACCAGCGCGUCCAUGUUGCUAGCUUCUCGCCGUUCCUCCAGUGCCACAGGUGCCUGCAGUUCGGCCAUACAAAACUAAGGUGCACUGCGGACCAAAGCUUCUGCUUACAUUGUGCGAGCACAGAGCACGAUUGCAACCUCGACAGAUGUAAGAAUACACAACAUGAGAUUCUUCUCUCCUUUAUGGCUGGUGAUUAUGACAUCGCCCUCAUCUCCGAGCCAUAUAUUGGUUCUGGAGAACAGGUAAAAUCAACAUUUGGAAUUGACACAUAUCAAUUUUUCACGGGCAACAAGAUUAAGGCCUGCAUCCUGGCAAAACCAAGAUGCGGGUCCAUCUUGGGACUAUCGCAAUACUCUACAUCCAACUUCUGCGCAAUAAAAAUCACGGUUGGUAAUCGCAAUAUUUAUAUUGCGUCUAUAUAUGUGGAACCCAAUAUUGACGAAUCAAAUACGCUCGAUAAGCUUGACGUCUUUCUUAAAAACACAGGCGAUUCUCAUAAGAUUGUGGGGGGCGAUCUCAAUGGGUGGCACCCGAUUUGGGGAAGCGUAAAAUCAAACCCAAGGGGCAACGAAGUUAUAGAUAUAAUACACAGCAAUGACAUGUAUGUAUGCAACGUUGGUAACAUCCCUACGUUUGAAACGGUCACCCACGGGCGAGAUCGCUCUUCAAUAAUCGAUCUCACAUUUGCUUCCGGCUCCAUCAUCGAUAACAUCUUGGAGUGGCGUGUCAACUUGAACAUUUCACCAAUUUCCCAGCAUAAUGCAAUAGACUAUUGCAUCGACUUUGACACAUCUAACACCACAUACACAUAUCAAAACUCCACUUUCCUGUACAAAUCUAAUAAAGCUUGUUGGCCUAUCUUUAAGGACAAACUGCACACACACAUGACACUCACAAACAUACUCGAACAUGACAUUUCUACCCUGAACGUUGAUGAUCUGGAACAUAUCAUCAACGAACUAACCAAUGUGAUCCACUCUGCAUGUCGAGCCAGCAUGCAUGUUAAAAGCCGGGGAACAAAGCCCAAGGCUCCUUGGUGGACGGAGGAGUUGGAGACCCUCAAGCGGGAGGUGGUGGAUUUACACCAUCAGCUCCACGCUGCCAAGCGCCAGGGUAUGCCUCUGGAACAUAUUUUAGAAACGAGGAAACAAAAAAAGGAACUAUACGCCAACAAGAUGCGUGAGGAGUCGACUAGGCAUUUUCGUGAGUUUUGCGAAUUGCAAACUAAGGAAAAUGUCUGGUCACUCACGAACAGACUUCUCAAAAAUGCCACCCCUAGGCGCCCACCAGUCACUCUCAAUAGGGGCUCCACCUACACCACAGACAGCCAGGAGACUGCCAAAGCACUUCUUGACCACUUCUACCCAGAUGACUCACCAGACACCUUAACGCGACAUCACGAGCUCAGAUCAGAAAUGACCGACCUUCCUCAGUCCCACGAUGAUCCUCCCUUCACCCAGGAGGAGGUGUUAGAGUGCUUAAAACAAAUGAGCCCCAAGAAGGCUCCCGGAUUUGAUAACUUCACAUCCGACAUAUGUCAGCAAUUUGCAACAGAUUACCCUAGACUCCUGACAGAUAUACUGAACCGUUGUCUUACACUCCAACACUUCCCUGACCAGUGGAAAACAGCAUACGUAAAAAUUAUCCCGAAACCGGGCAAGUCCGACUACAGCGCAUUAGAGUCCUUUCGUCCAAUAGGACUUCUACCUGUGUUUGGCAAACUGUUGGAAAAGCUUUUUAUCAAAAGGGUCGUAUACCACGCGCAGCGAAACAAUCGACUAAACAAAUGUCAGUUCGGUUUCCGGGAACAGACAAACACGUGCGAAGCCAUUCACACAGCUCUUAAAAUAAUUAAAUUAGCCAAAUCAGAAAAGCACCUCAGCAUCGCGAUAUCUCUAGAUAUUAAAGCAGCCUUCGACAACGCUUGGUGGUCCGCGUUCCGCGAUCGGAAGGUCAUCCUUGACCAUGCGGGGAGGCGAGUCACCAAGACGAUGUCUAAGGGCUGCAUACAAGGUUCCACGUGUGGGCCUGUUCUCUGGAAUAUCAUACUAGACGAGCUGCUCGAUGCGAGGCUUCCAGCGGGCUGUUACAUACAGGCUUUUGCGGAUGAUGUUUUGCUGGUUGUCACGGCCUCGAGUGUCGGCGAGCUGGAGAGUGCUGCCAACUUAGCUCUCCACCAUAUAGUCGAGUGGGGAAGGAGCGUCAAGCUGACCUUCGGUCCCACUAAAACUAAGCUCAUUGCCUUCACUCCCAAGGCUAAGGUAGCCAGCAUUAACAUGGACGGACACCGUCUUUCCUUUGUGCCAGAGGUUAAACUGUUGGGAGUCAUCUUAGACGAAAAACUAAACUUUGGGAAACACGUGAAACAGGUUAUCAAUAAGGCCGUGCGAAUCUUCAACACACUUUGUAUGUACUCGAGACCCACAUGGGGAGCCCAUCCUGAGAACAUCAGUACCAUUUACCACCAAGUGAUCGUGCCAACUAUCACCUACGCUGCUGGAAUUUGGGGACACGUUGCCCAGAAAAGGUGCAUCAGGAGGGCACUCGGGAGCAUGCAGCGCGGAUUUGCCAUUAAGGCUAUUAGGGGAUUCCGCACGAAAUCUUCAUCCGCGGCCCUGGCGUUAGCCCAGUUUAUGCCUCUGGACCUGAAAGGUUGUCCACGAUACAAGAUGCCUAUUUGCGCUGCGCGAGAUGACCUGAAAUCUUAA